GGGCGGAGCUACGGGUGCCGAGCGGCGCUACGCUUUAGGAUGUGUCUCCUUUUGGGGGCUACCGGCGUGGGCAAGUCGCUGCUGGUGAAACGACUGCAGAAGCUGAGCUCGCAGCAUGGGAAGGGCGACCUGGGCGACCCUCCCCCGACGCGGCCCACGGUGGGCACCGACCUCACGGACCUCAUGGCCCACAGAAGGAUCACCAUCCGGGAGCUGGGCGGGUGCAUGGGCCCCAUCUGGCCCAGUUACUAUGGAAACUGCCGUUGUCUCCUGUUCGUGGUGGACGCCUCCAACCCCACCCAGCUCUCUGCGUCCUGCGUGCAGCUCCUGGGCCUCCUUUCCGCAGAACCGCUCGCAGGAGCAGCCGUCCUGCUGCUCUUCAAUAAAACCGACCUGCCCUGUUACAUGACCGUGGAGGAGAUGAAGUCGUUGAUCAGGCUCCCGGACAUCAUCGCCUGUGCCAAGCAGAACAUCACUGUGGUGGAGGUCAGCGCCCGGACCGGCACUGGCCUGACAGGGGUGCUGCGCUGGCUCCAGGACACCCACAGAACCAGCAGGUGACCCCCAGGUGGGGAGUGGCCGGACUGCUCCAUGCGGAGGAGGCAGAGGACGGCCCUGCCUGGCCUCGGAGGUCUGUUCUCAGGAAGACAGCUGACCGGCGUAAGCCAAGAUGGCGGGCUUCUGUGUGCCAGGCUGCGGUGAUGGGUAAACGGAGGCACCCAGGUUAUGAACACUCCUGACAGCUGACGCUGGGAUGAAGACUGUCCAGGGCGGGAGAGCAGGACCGCCCCCCACAGCGCUGACCCUCCCAGGGGAGCCUGGAGGGCAGGGGGGCUCCGAUGGGGCCCAGGGGCCGGCGGGCUGGUGCCAGGCUCUCCGGGCCAGAGUCCCACUCACUGUGUUUCCACUGCGGCUGAGGGAGCCGGCAGGAGGACUGUUGAUGGGUGGACGUGUCCCAGGGCACCCACAACAAAGGACCACAAACCCACUUAAAACAACCCAAGUUUCCGGUCACGGCUCUGGAGGCCGGCAGUCUGAAGUCCAGGUGUUGCGACCGGGGUGUCUGCAGAGUUGGGCCCUGCUCCUGGAGGCCCCAAGGGAGGACCGUUCCCGGUCUGUCCCCCAGCUCCCAGUGACGGUGGUAACUUGGGGUCCUUGGCCCAGGGCUGGCCGAACGUGCAUCUCCACCUCUGUCCGCACACGGCCUUCUCCUGAGGACACCUGUCAUUGGAUGUAGGCCCCGCCCCAAAUCCAGGGAGCCCCCAAGGUCUGUAGUGACCUCGGCAAAGGCCGUCUCCAAAAAAGGUCCCAUUUGCACGUUCUGGUGGUUACAACUUGGACGGAUCUUUUGGGGGCCACUCUCCAACCCAACUCACUCUACUGGGCAGGGAGCGCACGGCCUGAGCCUGGUCGGCAGUGUCGGGCCUCGCGGUGCCUCUGGCCCUUCACUG